AGUCCUGUAAGCGUCUGCGCAGCUGUGCGUGUCACGCCUCGCUGUCGGGGCAGUUAACGCUGGAUUGGGGAGUGAUUAGUCCCUCUGUAAAGUUCGUCCCUCCAUCAACAAAAACGAAGAUAACUAGUUCCGUGCUGGCUGGAGGAUGAGGAACUUGUUUUAGGGCGGACGAUAUUAAUCCAGGAUGGCCGGUGUGAGAUGGUAGUGCUGAGCUGUCACAUACAGGUAUAAUAUUUCCACAAGUACAAAGGAGCCAAAGAUAGAGCCUGAAAUGACACUCACUCACAAAGACAGCAGGCAGCGUCGGCAGCACUGCCAGUUUGAUGCCUUGAACAGUAAUGACCACAACUAUCAAGAUGUGCUGGAGGAAGGAGAGGGAGAGACAUUAUUACACGACCCUGAAGUUCCUGCACACAGAGGAAUUAUAGGUCUCCAAGGAGAACUGGGGAAUAUCCUCUUGUUGCUCUUUUUAUAUAUUUUGCAGGGGAUUCCUUUGGGACUGGCAGGGAGUAUUCCGUUAAUCCUCCAGAGCAAAAAUGUGAGUUAUACGGACCAAGCCAUUUUCAGCUUUGUCUUUUGGCCUUUCAGCCUCAAGCUGCUAUGGGCACCACUGGUAGACUCUUUAUAUAUCAAGAAGUUUGGCCGCAGGAAAUCUUGGUUGGUGCCUACACAGUACUUAAUAGGAUUGUUUAUGAUUUACCUGUCAUUUACAGUAGAUGACCUCCUGGGUGGAGAUCAUGGACCUCAAAUGUUUGCUUUAACUGCCACUUUCUUCCUGUUUGAAUUCCUGGCUGCCACGCAGGAUGUUGCUGUGGACGGCUGGGCUCUGACUAUGCUGUCCAGAAAAAAUGUAGGGUAUGCUUCAACGUGCAACUCUGUGGGACAAACUGCUGGAUACUUCAUGGGGAAUGUUCUCUUCCUAGCACUUGAAUCGGCAGACUUCUGCAACAAGUACUUAAGAUAUACACCGCAGCCUAAGGGAAUGGUCACACUCCCAGACUUCUUGUUCUUCUGGGGAGCAGUAUUUUUUAUAACUACAACUUUAGUUGCACUGCUGAAAAAAGAAAACUCUACUGGAAGAGCUAGUAGAGAAGAGACUCAGAGUGUAACCGAGGCGUACAGCCUCCUGUUCAGCAUAUUGCGGAUGCCGGCGGUGCUCAAGUUUUGUGUUCUGAUCUUAACGGCUAAAAUUGGGUUUUCAGCAACUGAUGCGGUUACUGGUCUGAAACUAGUAGAAAGGGGAGUUCCCAAAGAACAUUUGGCUCUUCUGGCUGUUCCAAUAGUACCAUUGCAAAUAUUACUGCCUCUCAUAAUCAGCAAAUACACGGCUGGACCCAAACCACUGAACAUCUUCCAUAAAGCCAUGCCUUUCAGGUUGAUUAUGGGCCUGGAAUUUGCCUUUUUAGUUUGGUGGACUCCAAAAGUAAGCCACGAUGGAGGGUUUCCUAUUUACUACUAUGCUGCUUUGUUGCUGAGCUAUGCCUUACAUCAGAUUACAUUAUAUAGUAUGUUUGUGGCAGUCAUGGCUUUCAAUGCCAAAGUUAGUGAUCCCCUGAUUGGAGGAACCUACAUGACUCUUUUAAACACAGUGUCUAAUCUUGGAGGGAACUGGCCAACUACAAUGGCUCUUUGGUUUGUGGAUCAUCUGACAAGUAAAGAAUGUGUUGGAACAGAUGGACAGAGCUGUGUUGACCAUGAAGCUGCUGAGUCUUGUUUAAAAUUAGGUGGCACAUGCGUGACUACACUAGACGGUUAUUUUGUGGAGGCUAUCGUGUGUGUGGUCAUCGGCUUCAGCUGGUGGUUCUUUCUGGGACCAAUGUUUAAGAAACUGCAGGAUGAAGGGCAGUCCUCGUGGAAGUGCAGACGGAGGAGUUUCUGUUAAAACUGUAUUGGAAAAAACGUGGAACGCCUGCAUUCAUUUCUGCCAGUGAAGAGUGGAUCACACAGCGCCACGUUUUGUCCAGAAAACGGGAUAUAGUGCAAAUGCUGCGUUGUUGUCAGAAAGUGGGUGACCCACAAGACUUGUGUGAUUCCUGCUCCAUUUGUCCUCAUUCAUAUCUGUAUAUUUGCACCGCAAUGCAUAUAUCACAGGCAAAGAGUUUAUUAAGAGAAAAACAGUGGUUACACUGAACGAUUCAAAGUGAUUUCAAAUACAACUUAUUCCAAUUUGAACAAGGAGAACUUGUCAUUAGGAUUGAUUCUCUAUGCCCUCUCUCGUCUCCACCAGUUACCAAUGUUUUACCCCCUGUAUAUGCACAGCAGGUGCCAACAAACUUAGCAUUUUAUGAAAGAGAAGAUACAUUUAAACCUUCUGUCCAGCAUCACCAAUUUCAGGGUUUUUCUUUCUUUCUUCUUUCCUAUUGAGCCAUAACUGUUCUUUAUUUUUCUGCAUUCUGGGAUAGAUUAUGAAUAAACAAUCCUGUUUAGUUAUUACAAGUCAUUGGCAGUAUCUACUUACGAGGCAGUAGCAUAACAAUGAGCAUUGCAUUGUUGCAUUUUAGGGCUUGUAAAUAAAUGUGUCUGCAGCAGAAUGGUGAAAAUGGCAGAGAUUGCGGUUAGCGUCAUACUUCCAGUGUACAGAAACGCAUGUUUGUAGCUUACAGACAUGUCACUACUUCAGUAGCUUUUUACAGCUUGGGUUUAUGACUAGAAUGGUUCACGUUGAUUUCCGUGGACCUUGGUUACAGCAGCUAUGUUACCUGCUAGGUGAGACACUAGAUGCAGAGGGCUGUUGAGUGUUAAAGCAUUGGGAAACCGGUUGUGUACCAGCAGCGAGAAGACCCCAUUAACAUUAGUAAUAUGAAUAAAUAGUAGAUAUCUGCUUCUUUUUACCUGCACAUAUUUAAUUUUUUAGCUAUCUUAUGGUAUUGCAAUUUUAUAUUUUAUUAUUAUUUCCUCUCCUGUCAGUUAUAUCUGACUGAUAUGACUCGUGGUCUGGGACUAUAAUACUUGCCGCAACAUGUUACUGUAGUCCCAAACGCACUGAUAAAUAUUUCUCAAAUGGAGACUCUAAAUAAAGUAUACAGUAUACAAUAUGUAUUAUUAGACUGGCCAUGUAGGUACUGUAGCAAUGUAGCCUUACACCACAUGCUGGAAUUGUCCAUUGUAACUGCUCUAGUUUAUAUAUACAGGUAUAUCUGUUAUUUGUGAUUUGCAGAGCAGAACAUAAAACGCUGUCAUUGACGGCAGCUGAAAAUAUAUAGUAUUUGAGCACAAGAAGGUAGAUUCUUCUUCUAACUGUCAUUUUCAUAAGUUUCUGAUACUUUUCAUAUUUCUACGUUAUACGUCAUACCUAUUUUCCAGUUUGUACAGACAUUAUACUCUGGGUUUCCAUUUAUCAUUAUGGGCUGGGACCAGAUACUCCAAAGGUUAUUUUAUUAUCAUUUCUGUGCUUUUGUAUGCUUUUAAAAAUAUUUAUAAGACAAAACAAUGAUCUUAUAACACUAUAUAAAUUUCUUUGUUUGAAAUAAUCUUUUAAUUAUGAAAUUGAACAUUUUGUAUGAACAGGAAUCAUUGGUUAUAUGGUCUAUUUUCCUAAAGUGCUUGAUUGACUGUAAACUUCAAAUCUAAAAGGGUGAAUCUUUGUUCUUACAGUGAAAAUUAAUAUAUGACUAUUAAAGAAAAACAAAGAUUGUCAUUUA